CUCUAAGAGACUCACGUUAUCCGUCAAAGUUGGGAGUACAUUUUCCCGCCAAUUGUGGGUUGCUCCAAAAAACGUGUUCGUAUGUUACAUUGUGUUAUAUACCCGAUUCAGCAAUUGCGUGCAAGUGCCUAACAAUGAUAAAAGGAUAAAGUAGUAUUUAAAGAAGUUGGUUGAAAUUGCCAACACAAUGGAAAUUUGUCUCGACGAUUUGACAUCCCUGCCUUUACGAUGUGUCACAAGAGAAGAAUGGGUUGCAAACACUCCACAAUAUUCAGCGAUUAUAGAAGACGAAACAAAUUGGCAUUCGAUUCCAUUAUUCAAUUACAUCCUCUCUGAAAAUGUCAAGAAUCAGCAGUUAAUACGAUUCAGAGGAAUGAUUCAAAAUAUGCAAAAUCCAGAAUAUUUUAUGAGUAAAUAUGAAGUUGUGAAUACUGUUACUGGAGUAUCUACUGUGCAUUCUGGCAAGCUGCGUGAUUCUGUCACAUGUCAGGAUAAUGAGAAGCUUAUUGAAGAUUCACAACAUAGUGUAUGCGAGUCAAGAGACACGUGGUUGUGCAUUCCAAUUCCUGCGCUCAAUAAUUGGGUUUCAUGUAGCUGGAAGAAACCCUACAUGAAAAGGCACCUUGGCAGAUCAGAAGAGGAUGACCCUCAGAAAAGAGCUAUGAGUAUAAUGCAACCUUCAGAUCAAUCUAGUGCCCAAACCUCUAACUUCCUACAUUUGAAUGCCUCUGAAACUCAUUGCAGGACUUGUUGUUUGAAGCUUUAUGAUGUUGACACUAGUUCUUUUGUUGUAAACGAUGUAAUAGAAGUUGCUGGUUUUCUGUCAUUACCUGAAAUCAUCGAUGAGAUUGAUGAUCAAGAGUUAACCUUGCACAAUGCAAAACUACCUCGAUUACAUGUUGUAGCGUGCAAGAAACUCCAACAUUCAUCUCUGCUGCCUCUAUUAUCGUUGAAUCCUGUAGCAGAUUUCACCGCAUCCAGAAACGAUCUUCAUUUUAUUUUCUCUCAACUUCUUCUUGGUGAUAAAUUAGCAGCUGAUUACCUAGUAUGUCACCUUCUGUCAUCAAUCUACUCAAGAACUGAUAUGAUGGCAUUGGGUCAGCUCCCUCUCAAUAUCAUCAAUAUUCCAAAAUAUAACUUAGUUAAAAAUAUUUACUCUGCAAUAGAGCAGUUAGUUAUGAAAAGCUUGUUUUUACCUUUGACUCUUGAAAAUUUGAACAGAAGAAGAUUCAACCCAAAAAAAAACUAUGAAACAGAACAGCUUUCUGAAGGGUUGCUUCAAUUAAGCCCCCACACUCAUUUGGUUCUUGAUGAGACACAAAUGCAGCCCGGAAAACUGGAAGCUCCUGGUGUUGUUAAUAUGACAGCUUUAAGAAAACUUGUUCUGGAACAGAAGGUGGCCUAUGACUUUGAGUAUUACCAACUUGAUUUUAAUUGUGACAUUCCAGUGCUGGUAUUUUCUGAAGGAAAAUCUUUAAUUCCAUGUCCAAUUGUUAUCCCCCUGAGACCCGAUGCAGUGUGUCUAGAAAACGUUCCUGACAUCUUCCAGGCUGCUCAUAGUUACUUGCAGCCUGUGUUACAGCGCCUCCGAGCUUACAUUCUUUGUGUACAAUCAGCCAAAUGUGAUAUAAAUUCAGAAAUGCAACAGAUUAUUCAAAAUGAUUUUGUAAAACUCAGACAAGAUAGUAAUUUUAAUGCAAGUGCUGAGGAUUUACACAAUUUAAUUGUUUUGGCGAGGUUGCAGGCUCUUAGUGUGGGAGAAACAAUACUUACUGCCAGUACAUGGGAGAAGACUGUGAAUUUAGAAAUGCAAAGAAAGCAGCGACUUGGAGGUCGAGAUCAAGAAUCAUAAAUGGCAAUAUAAAUCAAGACUCAAGUGUUUAAAAGAAUCUAAGAUUCACGUUAAGACUCAUUUAAAAAAGUUGUUUUAUAUGUAAGGAUUUUGUAAAUUGUAAUAAAUUAAUUUUCAUGAUGUAGUGCAAUAUAAUUUAUUAUAAUC